AUGGUUUGCCUUGCACCAGUUGUCAACCGUAGACUUCGCACUGUCACCAAUUACUUUGUUGUAUCUCUGGCACUCGCGGAUCUGCAGCUUGGCAUAUUAGUUCUUCCGUUCAGUGCUUUCAACGAGGUUCGUAGAGAAUGGAUAUUUGGACCGAUACUCUGCAACAUAUAUCAGUCUUUUGAUGUUCUUUUUUGCACAGCGUCAAUAUUGAACCUAUUCGUUGUGAGUAUUGAUAGAUAUAUUGCUAUAACCAACCCUAUGGAAUAUCCAAUGAAAAUGUCGAGAAGAAGAGCACUAUUGGCCAUCGCAGCUGUUUGGUGCAUUUCGUUGCUGGUAUCAUUUCUUCCAAUACACCUAGGAUGGAAUUCUCCUGACUUUAAUGUUCAGAAUUACAAUGACCCUAGACAUUGUGGGCUCACAGCCAAUCCUAUUUACAGCUUUCUAGAUGGCAUUCUCUUAUUCUACUUGCCAUUGACCAUAAUGACUUGCGUCUACAUCAGGAUACUGUUGAUCGCAAAAAAACAGGCCAGAAAAAUUAAUCUUCAUUCUAGAUCUAAGCCAUUUGUGGAUGAACACAAAGCUACUAAAAUUUUGGCACUUGUAAUGGGAGCAUUUAUAAUAUGUUGGGUACCCUAUUUCACCUUAUUUACAUUUGAACCAGUUUGCAACUGUAUAAUCCAUAUGACAGUGUAUCAGGUUGUACUGUGGAUGGGUUACGUUAACAGUACUGUCAAUCCGGUGCUUUAUGGCGCUUUUAACAGAGAGUUCAGAAAAGCAUUCAAGAUAAUAUUAUCUUGUGGUAGAUACAGAAGUGUUAGACGAACAAAGUAUCACAUGGAAGCAACAGGAGCUACACUUAGAACAUACAGUACAGAAAGUGAUAUGGAAUUUAAAAUUAUACGUCAUAAUCAUGUCACCCAUAAAUCGCCUAAUUUGGAUAAAUCAACGAAUGGUUCAAUAACAUAUAUUUGA